AUGGAGCGUCCCGCAUUCAGCUAUGCAGUCGGGCAGCGGCUACCAACCAGCCAGCACCCCAAGAAGCUGGAGUUCGUGGGCAUUCCUCCCGAAGAGGAUAUGGAGGUCCCAGGCACCUACCUAGACGCGCUGAACCCAAAUACCAAACUGGGCAAAGCUGUACGAGCUGCUGUGGACGAGCUUAACCACCUGAAUGCCCUGGCGGCCGCUCGCAGCGCAUUCCGCGACGCUAGCGGCCCUUAUCGCAAAGAUCGCCUAGAUAUCCAAUCAGCCGCACAUCGGCUUCAUCUUACCCGUUUUCAUCCUGCUGCGCUUGGACCUGGAUGGCAAGUUAAUGUGGAGGACUCAGGGCCCUCGUCCCUGUCGCGGCCUGCGCUGCUGUUCGACGAGUCCUUUAGUUAUCCAACGGGUGCAGUACCCGGUUUGCGAAAUUGCCUACAGGCUUUAAAAUCCCAGCUGCACGACGGGCUUAUCGGUGCGGAUCUGCCUAGUUCUCAUGCCGAUUCGUCGCGGAGUGCUUUGGGGAUCCCGGUCUCCUUACAGCACCUCCCAACGCGGCCACCGGAGAUCCAGCAUACGUUACCCCUUCAUGGAGCCGCCUCGCACAGCGAUGGCACCGAUCUGCCGACGCUUCAGCUUCAGGAGCGGCCGGUGGCAGGCGACGGCGGAGAGUGCAGCUGUGAUUGCGAACCCAGCACCAGCACUGGCGACCGGAUCGACGAUGGCUUGGCGGGCAACCGACGAUGGCGGAGCCAGCAUGUAAUGAACAGCCGUGAUGCCGCUGCCUUGACACGGCGGAUAACCCACACGCAAUCUGUUUCAGAACUGCAUGAGGUGCUGCGGCAGUACCGGUCGAGACUUAACCCCAUACACAUUUCGGCAGCAAUCGUGAAACUUGCUAAGUUGACAGCCGCCGAAGGCUGCCGAAAGAGGCCACGCCAAGGGCUGAUGGCACGGCAAGUCCAGCAGCAAGGGCAGGAGCCGCCGGGCGGGCGUCAGGUGGUUGCGGCCGACUCCCUCACGGCAACGGGGCAGGAGGGAACAGAACUGAAGUCCGUGCAUGCUCGUCAUUCCUCGGGCGCUGCAGUAAAUGUAGACAUGGGGGGGACGCCGGCAGUCUUAGCAGACGCAUUGCGGCGUGUGCGACGACGAGAAGACAACUGGGUUGAUGAACUGGUCAGCAGCGGGAGCAGAACCAGCACCGGUGGCUUGAGCGAUCAAGCCAGCGGAGAGCAGAGCGGGCCCGGGCUUGAUCCAGAUAAUACCUUGGGCAGCCAUGCUCCGGGCAGCAGCGACCACAACCCAGCGGCGAACGUCAGACUGCCGAUGGCUCGUUCAAUUGACGGACGCAGCUUUCAGCCUGCCAACGCAGACGUCCCCCUUGCCCAUCCCCGGCAGGGACAGCGCACGGCUGCCUCCGCCAGCCCCCGGACAGCGCAGUCCUCUGCUGCCCUCCUGGCUGACCUGGUCUCCGGCUUCCUGACGCAGCUCCCCCACUACACCGCCCGGCAGUACGCCAAUGUGGUGUGGGCCCUGGGCUCCAUGGGCAGCCGGGAACACACUGAGCUACUGCAUGCGGCAGCGGUGCAGCUGCAAGCACAGGGGGGCGCCAAGCUCUUUGCUGCUCCACCACAGGAGCUUUCCAACCUGGCGCUUGGACUGGCAAAGCUGGGGUAUCGUGAGGUGUCGUUGUGGGGCGCCAUCAUCGCGGCGGGAAAGGCGCGUUUACAUGAGUUCAAGCCACAGGAGCUGCACAACAUGGCCUGGGCUGUGGCGGCGGCGAGCCAGGACCGCAGCAUGAUCUCAGCCGCCGUGCAAACUGCGCUGCCACAGCUCCGCCGCUUCAACGCGUCCGGGCUGUCUAAUCUGUUGUGGGCAUGCGCCACAGCGCAGUGCCACUGCGAGGAGCUGUUCGACGGCGCGGCGGCUGCGCUAAUGGCGCUACCGCCUCAUGAAAUGAACUGCCAGGAUGUGGCUAAUACGGCCUGGGCAUGCGCCAAGCUGCAGCACAACCACCCAGAGCUAAUGGCGCAUUUAGCCCGGUUGGUGCUGGCGGCAGCCGAGGCACCGGGGGCAACCGGGCUUCGGGGGGCAAACACUCAGGAGCUGGCUAACACGUUGUGGGCAUUUGCGGUGCUGCCACUGCCGCUGUCUAUGCCCCGUACUCAGGGAAUGAUCCAAGGGGGGGAUGGUGUUGACGCUUCUGGGCCUGAGGGUAUGGAGGGUGCUAAUUGCAUCACGCGAGGGGUGGGCGCCGCGGGUGGGGUUUGGUUAGGUCGAGAUGAUGCGGGUGUGGGGCUACUCGAGCAACCACAGCCGCAAAAGGCUGCACGCUGGCUGGCACCGCAGGCGUUGAGUUCCGGGCCCCCAUCAGGAACUUCUGGCAUGCCGGAUGCAGUGGCAGCACUCGGGUCACAGGUGCGCGUCAGCAAUAGCAGCAUCGGUAGCAGCUAUGUGGCCAAUAACGGGUGUGGCGCCGCCGGCAAUCACGGCGGCAGUGGCAGCAGCGGCUGCACAUCCGGGUUGUUCGAGAGCGUUGUCCGGGUUCUGGUUUUGGAGCUCUCCCAGCGGCCGGACUUAACGCCGCAGGGGGCUUCCAAUGCGCUGUGGGCGUGUGCGCGCCUGCAGCCCUUCCCGCUGCCCCCUGCCGGUGUGGUCGCCCUGACGGACGCCACCGCGCGCUGCUGCGGCCGCAUGAACGAUCAGGAGGUCGCGAACACGCUGUGGGCGCUGGCGGAGCUGCGCAGCGCAGGUCUGCACGUGCCCUACGGCGCCGCUGAGUCUAUCUUUACAGCCGCGUGCGCGGCGUCUCGCUUGGAGGUGAUGGCACCUGCGGGCCUGGCGCAGCUUAUGCACGGGGCGGUUGCGCUGCGGCGGGUGCUAACGGGGGAGAUGGACGUGCUGGCGCAGCAUGUGCUGCGCCGCCUGGCGGCGGUGCGGCCGCAGGAGCUGUGCGUCAUGGCAGUGGCGGUGGCGGAGGCGGUGCGGGUAGCAAAGUACUGCAACCCCAUACUGCUCAACGGGCUGGCCAAUGCUGCAGUGGCGUGCGUAGGCGAGUUGUGCCCGCAGGGCAUCAGCACACUGCUCUGGUCUUUUGCGCGCGCGAAGCAUUACCACGGGCCCCUGACUACCACCUUGUGCCGCGCGGCCAAGCCACGACUGGGGGAGUUCAGUGAUAUGGAGAUCUCCAACUUGGUGUGGGCGCUGGCGAUCCUGAAGUGCCAGGAUCGGCAGCUGCUGGUGCAGGCGGCGCGCGUCCUGGUAGAGCGCGUCAGAUUGCGGCGACAGCGCCGGGCAGCUACGCUUCGGCGGCAGCAGCAUGCUGUUUCGCCGCAAGUGCCGCGUACGCCAGCGCAACAGCAGGAGGCGAGCGUCCGGGGCCAGUCCUUGAUGUCGCUGGAGCAAACGGGUGGAGAAGUGGCAUUGGAGGGCGACGAGGAGGACUUGGCCCAGCCGCGGGAGCAGCUCAGCCAGCUGCUACUGAGCGAGCGGACAGAGAUGGCGCUGGCGUUGGCGUCGCACAGGCAGCAGCAGCGGCGGAGAAGACAGCAGCAGAAGCAACAGCAACAACAGCGGCAGUUCCAAGAAAGCGAGCAGCUGGGCUCGGAGACUGCGUCUGUGGGUUAUCAGCAAGUGCGGGCUGAGGUGGCGACUGACAGUGAACGGAAAGGACUGACGGACACGAAGCUGUGGGCACGUGCCGGUUGGGAGGCGUACGGCCUACGACAGCAAAAUGCCGCUGAGCCGGACGCUCCUGGGGUCGGCGUAGGCACCGUUCCUGAAGCUCUUGCGUAUUCCGUUGGCGACAGUGGUUCCAGAACCGAUCGCGGCAGCAGCAGCACCGUUGUGGCGGUCGCGGCUGUUUUACCAACUCAUGCUUCUACAGCCGAACCGCUGCCGUCGCAGCCCGAGCCACGACUCCGGCUGCGUCGCCUGCCGUCUCUGUAUCACCACGACGAUGCCGACCUCGUGCUGCAGCCUCGCAGGCCGCAACCACGGGACAGUAGCAGCGAGGCGGGCGGGGUAGACAGCCACCGCCGCGGUGCCGCCGUUACCGUUGCGUCCAUGCCGCGAUGCACUGGGUCCUUAGACGCUGGCGGAGGCGGUCCCGGCAUCCUGACUCAGCGCGCUGUUUCUCCCACGGAUGACGCCGAUCGCGAUGUGUACCUGGGCGCUGCAGACGGCGGUGUCGGCCCUACGCCUUGCGAUCACGCCAAGAGCAUGGCGAAAUUGCUCUGGUCCUACGCCAAAUGCAAUCUGUACAACCAAUCACUCUUCCGGCUGCUAGUCCAGGAGCUGCUACCGGUCCUGCGCCACGCUACUCCCCACGAACUGGCGCAGGCGCUGUGGGCAGUUGCUUGCCAUGGCCACCAUUGCCCAGACUUUUUGGACGCCGCGGCGGCGCUUAUGCUGCGGGGCCGGCUGCGGCAUCUGUGCGCCUGGGACGCAUCCGUGGUGGCGUGGGCAUACGCCAAACUGAGGUAUCCACACCGCGACUUGUUUGAGGCUCUGCAGGAGCAUGCGCGGGUUGCGGGCGACAAAUACAGGGAGCCGUGUCUGUUGCGGCUGGCAUGGGCGUGUGCGACGAUGGAGGUGCCAAUGCAGGAUGACCUAGUGCGGCGAGUGGUAGACCUGAAGCAGCAGGCGCGACGGCGUGCGGCACUGAGCAGCUACGAUGGCGCAGACGGGGAGUUGCCGGCGGCAGUGGACGCUGCACGUAAAGCAGCGGAUAAUGACGUGCUCUGCGCGGCGACCAAGAAAGGAGGAAAGAUAAUAUUUAGGCUCUUUAAGGUUCUUGUCGAGCGGCUAGCGUGUGCCUCUUAUGUGCUCAGUGCUCAGUGCCGCGCAGCACCCGAGGCCAACAAACGGUGCCUUUGUGACACGGUGCACCGGGGCAUGAUGGGGCCAGUCCUGCUCCGUGUUAGGUGUGCCUGA